GGAAACCAGGUCUAUGUUUUUUAGAAAGUCAGCAAUCACUUUUAGUUUUAUUUAUAAAUAUACAAUUUUAACUGAUUUUUACAAGAGUAGAAAAGUAGCCUUUUAAAUUAAACUGUACUGUAUACCUCGUGAAACAAACUUUUUCGUGUUACGACGCUUCUGCUUAGAACAUGAGACAGGCCACUUGAUAUUCGAUGCAAGCGCUGAAGGCGUUCAUUCCACAUCAAACUCUCGAUAGAAGCGCACGAUGGCAUCGACUUACCAAAAUAAUCCGUCUAUCGCUAAUUUCGUCGAGUACUUGAAAAUACCCAGUGUCCAACCGAACAUUGAUUACAGUGAUUGCGUUAAAUUCUUAACGAGACAAGCGAACGAAAUUGGUUUAGCCGUAAAAAUAUACGAGGUCGUGCCGACGAAACCGAUCGUCGUUUUGACAUGGACCGGAAAAGAACCAAAUCUGCCGGCAAUAUUAUUGAAUUCGCAUAUGGAUGUUGUGCCGGUUUUCGAAAACAGUUGGACAUAUCCACCGUUUAGCGGACACAUAGACAACGAUGGAAAGAUUUUCGCAAGGGGCUCCCAAGACAUGAAAUGCGUUGGUAUCCAAUAUUUAGAAGCGAUAAGGAAAUUGAAAGCCGCCCAAGUUGCAUUGAAAAGAACUCUUCAUAUUUCCUUCGUUCCUGACGAAGAAAUCGGCGGCCAUGAUGGCAUGGAGAAAUUUGUUAAAAUGAAUGAAUUUAAAGCUCUCAAUAUUGGUUUCGCUUUGGAUGAAGGAAUGGCAUCUCCUAACGAGGAUUUCAUUGUUUUUAACGGGGAAAGGAGUAUAUGGCAAACUCACGUACAUUGCACUGGCCAGCCCGGACAUGGUUCCCUGUUGAUUCCCAACACUGCCGGAGAAAAGAUUAGAUACAUCAUCAACAAGUUCAUGGACCUUAGGGAGGAACAGAAGAGAAUUUUGGACGGAGAUCCGAAACUGACCAUCGGUGACGUCACUACCGUUAAUUUAAACCAGCUUUACGGUGGCGUGCAGUCGAAUGUGGUCCCGGAAAAGCUGACGGCCGUUUUCGAUAUACGAUUGGCCGUCACCGUCGAUCACGUGGAGUUUGAAGCCAUGAUCAAUCAAUGGUGCAAAGAGGCCGGUGAAGGCGUCACCAUCGAAUUUGAACAGAAAAAUCCUUACGUUGAGUGUACUAAGGUAGACGCUUCUAAUCCUUUUUGGACCGCCUUCAAAGCAGCUACUGACGAAUUGCAACUUAAGUUGGACAUCAGGAUCUUUCCCGGCGGCACUGACAGCAGGUACAUAAGGCGCGUCGGGAUACCCGCUAUCGGUUUCUCUCCAAUGAACCGCACCCCGGUUCUCCUGCACGACCACGACGAGUACAUCCACUCUGACAUAUACCUCAGAGGCAUAGACAUAUACGUGAACAUAAUCAAAGCCGUGGCCAAUGUUUAAUACAUACAUGGUCGUUUGAUUAACAUUUUCACAAACAAAUCAAACAGUGGGCUUAGUGCGGGUUUUUUAAGGCUUCGCGGAACGGAACGCGUACUUAGCGCGCGUCAAAGCGUUAAACUGACGCCGCGCUAUGACGCUGAGAUGUGUUGUAAUACUAUGGUAAUAUACUGUCAAACAGUGCGCCAGCGCUAUAUGUACGCAACGCUCUGUCACGGCGUUAGGACGCUUUGAUGUCAGGCGUUGUAAUUUUUUACAAAUUUCAUUUAGCGUCCGAGUGAAUAUGUAUUAAAAUACUAGAUAAUGCCCGAAAAAUUUAUAGAAUUAGUUAGGAAAUACCCAUGUUUAAACAAUGCCACAUCUGAAUCACUCGACAUCUUAAUACUUUUAAAUUUUCACAUUGCUAUCGAAAGGCACUAUGAUUUGACGAUUUGUGUGA